ACCCACACCCACACCCACACUCACACCCACACCCUUACCCACACCCACACCCACACCCACACCCUUACCCACACCCACACCCACACCCACACCCACCCACACCCACACCCCACCCCGUCAGACAUAACGAAUUCGUUGAUACGUGAACAUAGUUGACCGCAUUCACAAUGUGAUAAUGAACAUUGUCGACGCGGACGGCUAAAGGCACGCUAUAUAAUGAACUAUAUCAGAAUAUAGGAAUAUAUAGAUCUACUGCUUUUGCGAUCAUUGUUAAUUUCAAUGAAUAUGAGUAGUCUGAAUGUUAACAUUUUUGAUUUACCUGACGAAAUAUUGAUUAUUAUUUUCAAUAAACUUAACAAUAUUGGUUUAUUAUAUUCACUGAUAGGUAUUAAUCCAAAACUCGACAAGGUUGUAUGUGAUAUUUGUUUUACUAAAGAUAUUAAUUUAACGACAAUAUCACCAAAUGACACAAGUGAUUCGAGAUUUAAUGCUAUGGCUGAUCGAUUUCACACACAGAUAUUGCCUCGAAUUCAUAAUAAUGUGGAAUCUCUUAGCGUUCAAGCAUCGUUGCUUCAACGUAUUCUUCAUUCUAACAACUAUCCUAACUUACACAAGCUCACUCUCCUCAAUCUCGAAAUGAAUAUGGCUUUUCAUAUUUUUAAUAAAAAAUCCUUAUUUAUUCGUACCUACAAACAUCAAAUUUCACAUUUAACGAUGACGAUUACUGAUAUAUCUUGCAAGAAAUCAAAAGAGAUUACAAUAGGUCAAACUUAUGUUGCCAUUUUUUCUUGGCUAUCAAAUUUACAAUAUUUGGAUUUAGAUGGUAUUGAUGGUAAUCUCUAUUCACGACGAUUACUGAGUGGUUUAUCUCCUACAAGAUGUUAUUCUUCCACUGUCGCUCAUUUACGUAUUAGAAUACAUAAUUUUGAUGAUUGUCUCUGCUUACUCGAUGGUCGCCUUCAUCAGUUACAUACAUUGAUUGUCAAACUUGACUACGUUCGUUAUUCAAGAAUAAUUAUAAAUAAUGAGGAUACGUUACUUAAACUGAAAUGUUUUUCGUUAUAUAUAAAUCGUCCAACUGUUGACUUUGACAAUAAAGUUGUGCCGCUCCUUCGUCGAUUGUCAAAUAUGGAAAAGCUGACACUGUCCUUUCGUGUUCGUCGUCGAAAUUCAUUUAUUGAUGGUAUUUAUCUAUCUAAUGAAAUAUCCAAGUACAUGUCACAUCUGCAUACAUUUUUAUUCGAUAUCGUCAGCGAUGAUACAACGAUUAAUGUACAUCCUAAACCGUCUUCUGAUGAUAUUCGACACACGCUCAUCGAAGGUGGAUAUUAUGCUGAUUGCUAUGUUGACUAUUACACAAAUGACAUAGGUCGAUGUCACAUUUAUUCACUUCCGUUUACUAUAGAACGUAUAAAUUAUCUUACAUCCAGAUUUCCAGGUGGUAUUUUUCUUCAUUCACAUAUUAUUGAAGAUGAAGAUUUAGGUCGAUUAAUUUCUAAAAUAGCUGCAAUAAUAAUGUAUGCAUUUAUUGGUAUCACUACACUUGUAACAGUGGGUGUUGAUACUAAAUCAUUAUUAGCUGGUAUUGUUAUAACAGGUUUUACAAUUGGUUUUGCUCUUAAAGAAGUAGCAACGAAUUUUAUAUCGGGUAUUUUUCUUGUUAUUAAUAAACCAUUUAUUUGA